GGGUCACCGACUGUCAGAUCAGGUUCGGGCUACUUUGCUUUCCCUGGGUGACCAGGCAAUUUCUUUCGCGCUAGGUGUUCUCAAGCAUAGUUGGGAGCUCUACCCACCAUUAAGCACCCGAACUCAGAAACCGAGGGUCUUGGUAUACUAGAUAUAUCAUAUUAUGACCAUCAUUCGCAAGUAUCACGGGGCCUACCUUCGAACACCUAUCCCGGCUCUACGAUUGUUCCUAGCCACAUUCACAGCUCACACCAAUAGCGCGGACUCUCCGUAAUCGAGGUGCAUUACAAGAAUUAGUGCCGCAAUCAUGGCCAAUCGAGCGGCCACCUUGUAUGUCCGUCCGACUUACUCAUCGUAACAAUUUGGUCCAAACCGAUGGAAGCUCGCACUUCAAUCAGCUAUCACGCAGCCGAAACUGCGCGUCGAAUGUCCCCAGGAACUGUCAGACGCUCCGAUUGCCUUAUAUGGGACAGGAUUUUGCGAGGUUACACCCGGGAGGUUUCGAGGAGUAUUCUUCAGCUGUGCUAACUUGAAUCGCCAACCUCCAGGGUUGGUUUAAUUUUCCGGGAAGUUCCGCCUUUGGUUUUUCUCCAUGCGAGGUCUGGAUGCACCGCAAGGCAUCUGUAACGCUCGCGUGUGUUAUCGCAGCACGAGUCGUUAAGAUCGGGCAUUCGCUUACUUUCGAGACUUUUAUCCUCGGAGUCCAGAACACCGUCUCAAUUCAAAGAUGGCGGUGGCCCACUUCUGCCUGACAGCUACUUUAUAUGGCAUAGUCACGAGCACCAAGUGGGCUUCCCCAGCCAUCUGCAUUAUUCACCGUCUCGAUCAAGCGUCGCAUAAGGCCGCAGAUUGAAAUACCGGCGCAAUGGUACCGCAAACCGCCCGAAAGCCUAGUUUUUAGGUUACUAAUCAUUAGACUAUUAUUACUACGCCAGAACCAAUACUCCGUGUAUUUUCAUCGCGACUGCUGACACGACCAACAAUCCUUUCCUACCCACGCGAGCUUCCUCGUUCAAAGCUUUCAAUCAUAUCGCGGGAGUUGCCCAUGGCAUUGUUCGCUAACACCAACAACGGAUCUUUCUGAUACAUACAUAAGUGCUUCGUGCUUCCGCCGGAGACCUUGACGCGGCUGCUUUUGAUUGGUGCUCCAGUUGGCGUACGAGGCAACUCCUCAUUGGCUUUACGGGACAGCAACUGGCCCUUUUAUCCUAGGGGCACUGAAAACUCCGGGACUCAACGCUGCCUCGUCUCCGCUGCGGCGGGAUUCAGAAGGCCGUGUUGAAACCAAUGCGCGGAGGAAGGCACAACAACAUGUGCCCCUAGACUGGUCGCAGUAUCAGUUCGGUCCUUGUUCUGCUUCUUGCAUCACUGCAGAAUACUUAUUUAGCACGGCGGAACCAACCUCUUCUGGCAAUAAAGGGAUACAGUGUCAUCUGCUCUCGUUCAAAAUUGACUUAAAUUCUGGCCAUCACACAGUCAACCAGGCAGCUUCGAGCGGAUGACGGGUCCGGAUCCAGCUUCUCCUGGCGAGGAGCCAGCCUCUUCGGAUAUACACAGCACACAGAGGACUAAGCAGCGCACGGCUGAGCUUGCUGGGAACCGAAAGACAAAGCCGUCAACAGCCUCAGCAUCCCAACCCUCGUUGAACGUUCCAUCCAGCUCGUCACAAGGCUCAAGCCAGAAUAGGGGUAGCCGCACGCCAUCCGGCCACCCUCCUUCAAUUCUUCCUCCCGAAAAGGUCUUUCCCAUACAAAUCGGGUCUGAUUUGUUCAGGUUAUCCGGGGCCUCCAUAUCCUCCGAUGCCCCUUCCUACUUUACGCAGUUCUUCGAGGAUCAGAUCAGGCAGAAUGAGGAGACAGGCGGCGUGCGCACUCUUUACAUCGACCGAGACCCCAGCACGUUCCGCGACGUAGUGCGACAUUUACAAGGGUAUUAUGUGAAGCCUGUCGACGGGAGCCAUUUCGUGAAACUGUUCGCAGAUGCCCAGUUCUACAGCUUGCCGCGACUAAUCGACCAACUUUUCGAAUCCGAAAUCUACAUUCAAAUCGGCGAACGGCACUUCCAGAUUCCGAAAGAUAUCUUCUCAGACCCCGGAAAUUCUCCCAAUUUUUUCUCUCUCGGUUUUGCGGUCUUCUUCUCGUCGCCUGGAGAAGUGUUUCCCGGGCUAGACCGACGAGGGCUGCUCCGCCCGCCUUCCAUAACUCCACCAGCGGUCCCGGGUCGAUCUGGAGAGAUAUUCGCCGAAUUACUUCACUUACUACGCGGCUACCCGCUACACGUGAGGAACGAAUCCCACCGGGCGGAGCUUCUGCGUGAUUGUCGCUACUUCCAUCUACGGGGCCUGGAGCAGAAAAUAAUUGCUCACGAAAUCAGUUAUAAUCUGCAGAGACAGAAACAGGAGAUCUGCCUUCGCUUGGAAGAUGUCAAACCUUCUGGGGUUUCAUACAAGAGUGACGACGACGGAGGUUCCGGAGAUAAGUCAACAGCAACAGCAACAACAGGAGGCUGGGUGUACUACGCCCGCCCCUUUGUGGACGACACAUUGUAUGAGAUGGUUGUUGAGAUUGGCGGCGAAAGUACGUUGCUUGACCUGGCUGAGAUGAGGGCCGAAUUUCAUGGGCAGACCAAGGCGCGCAUGGCCUCUCUUUUCCAGGUUGUCGCGAACAAAAUGAAUCUACCAACAACCGCUCCAUUGGGACUGAUGAUGCUUUCCGAGUCCGCUGGGUCGUCCUCUCAAUCUCCUGCCCAUACACCACUCAGUAGCGAGAGUCGGGUCAAGGUGCGCUUCGAGGCUGCAACGGCCAUCACGCUAAAUGGCGAGCGCUACGAUGGGGAGUGGGAUCAAAAUAUGCAGCAAGAGAUUUCUGUUGUGGGUAGUGGUGGCCAACAUAAUCAGCCUCAGCUCAAAACUGGUCCGUCGUCCCAGUUUGCUCCUCCUCCUCCUCCCCCAUCUCGGCACUCCAUCCCGACGGCACCUCAAGGCCCAACUUCAACGCCCUCCGCGAAAAAGAGAAAGAGACAGCCUAGCCACGGCGAAAGCAGAACAGAAUGGACAAUCCGAACCGGCCAGUGGCGGCUGCGGAUCCAGCCUGUCACGCAGGGCAAUGCAGGCACCGGCUAUGAAAUCGUCCUGGUCGGCGUCAAGAUCGAUGCAUAUUCUAGCGAGCACGCGCGCAACGCGCGACGGGCAUUUCUAAGCUAGAAGUAUAUUAUACAUAGGUAGGUAUAUGUUCUAGUGGCAUCGAGUUUGACGAACCGUUUCACCCGUCCCGCGGUAGUACAUACAGGAUCUAUGUUCGUAUGUACAGCAUUGGACGUAUCGACGUUUGCCCUCCGAGAGCCUGGCUGUUUCCACGAGGUCUACGACAAGAGCUAGCAAUGAUCAAUACCUAGGUAUCCAUGGAUCCGACCCUCCGACCCGGGAGUUGGUAUUCGGCGCAAACAAUAACUUGGGUCGAGCAGCAGAGUGGGUCAGUGGGCAUACAUAUGUCCACUUGAAAUGCACGUCGCGUCGCGUCCUUCUGUCGAGGUAUAUAUUUUUCAACUACACAGUUAUCCUCUGCAAUCGACCAUAGGAUUUUAUUGAGAAAACAGCACUUCCCGUCCGCUCAGUGGUACUUAAGCUCAAUGCCGGUCAGCUAGUAGCAACGUGGGUGACCAGUUGCGAAUCCUGACUGUCGAUUGUUUUUGCUUUUUUGCCGGGUCGGAUCGCCAAAAAGGGAUAUAUAGCACAUUGCAUGGAAGCGGAAGCAACUGAAUGUGACACGGACCAGACUAAAAGCUUUCAUUUUCCUCGCUUACAUGGCCUAGAGCAGGAGAAUUAAUAAUAAAUGGAUUAGAAAGGGAAAUGUUCACUUGUUCUUUGGUAUGAACGUCCUAUCCUUUGCCCACUUCCUUUAUACUCAAAAAACUAGCUAUUUCGAG